CUUCUCAUUGAAGCCGGUCUUCCCAAUUACUUUUGGCCGGAUGCGGUGCGGCAUGCUUGUGUGGCCAAGAACAGAGCCUUGACUCACGUGGGAGAAGACAAAUGGGUGCCCUAUGUGGAGUGGAUUGGAAGGAAGCCGAAGGUGGAUAUGCUUCGGGUGUUCGGGUUGAGCUAUGAACGGCUUGGAGGAGCAGCCAACUCAACCUUGACCGGUUCGGCUCUCAUGCUAGGCGAUGAAGCGGAAGAUGAAAGCGAGGAGUGCGCUUUUGCCUUCUUCUCUCCGGUGGAGAUACCGGGGGAGCCUACAAAUCCCAAGGAGGCUUGGGAGGGCCCCAAUGGGAAGGAGUGGAAGAAGGCCUCAGAUGAAGAGAUGGGGAGCAUCAUCGAGAACGACACGUUUGACUUGGUGAACCUACCCCCGGGGCGUAAGGCGAUCUCUUCCAAGUGGCUCUUCAAGCGCAAGACCGACGCCGACGGCAACAUUGAGCGCUACAAGAGCAGACUUGUAGCCAAGGGGUACCAGCAGCAGGAGAAGAAGGACUACAAUGAAGUAUAUGCUCCUGUGGUAAAGGGUACAACCCUUCGAACCCUCUUCGCCGCGGCGGCCAUCAAAGGAUGGGUGGUGAAGCAAAUGGAUAUCCUUGGGAGAGCAAGAAGCAAGUGGACCAAGCAUUGAGCUCGGUGGAGUCCGAGUACAUGGCACUCUUCCGUGCCAUAAGAGAGGUUGUGUGGCAGCGGCGUUUGCUAGCUGAAUUGGGGGAGGAGCAGCAAGGACCUACCCCACUCUACUGUGAUAGCCAGGGUGCUAUUGCAUUGGCUAAGAACCCCGUUCUUCAUGGCCUUACCAAGCACAUGAAGGUGAAGAGGCAUUGGGUGAGGAGCAUGGUAACCGCGGGUGAAGUGGAGUUGCACUACGUGAAGACGACGGCGCAGCCAGCUGAUAUGAUGACCAAGAGGCUGGUUGAGCAGCAGCAUUGGAAGUGUUGCAAGCUUGCUGGGAUGGCUCUGAACUAAGGGGAGCAGAUUCUAAGGCCAACAAUCCGAGG